GGGAAAAGAAAAGUUCCUUUUGGGGGUUUGCAACCUGUGAAUACGGGAUUAGUGGGUGGGACUGAGGUGCACUCAGGUGCAUAAAUAGAGGCUUGGGCUGAGCCAGCACACUAGGAAGCUUGGACCGCAUCGCUGCCGGCUCACACAGACAGAUUUGCCAUGGAGAAGAUUUCCUUAUCAGCAUUCUUGCUGCUUGUGGCCCUCUCCUAUACUCUGGCCAAAGACACCACAGUCAAACCAGGAGCUAGGAAGGACACAAAGGACUCUCAACCCAAACUGCCCCAGACUCUCUCCAGAGGUUGGGGUGAUCAACUUAUCUGGACUCAGACAUAUGAAGAAGCUUUAUACAAAUCCAAGACAAGCAACAAACCCCUGAUGAUUAUUCAUCAUUUGGAUGAAUGCCCACACAGUCAAGCUUUAAAGAAAGCAUUUGCUGAAAAUAAGGAAAUCCAGAAAUUGGCAGAGCAGUUCAUCCUCCUCAAUCUAGUUUAUGAAACAACUGACAAACACCUGUCUCCUGAUGGCCAGUACGUCCCCAGGAUUCUGUUUGUCGACCCAUCCCUGACAGUUAGAGCUGACAUCACUGGAAGAUACUCAAAUCGUCUCUAUGCGUACGAACCUUCCGAUACAGCUCUGCUGCUUGACAACAUGAAGAAAGCUCUCAAGUUGCUGAAGACUGAAUUGUAGAGGGAAAAACAAAACCUGCAAGCUCCUCCCUCUGUGUUAGGCCUUGAGACCUGGAAUCACAGAAGUUCUGAGAAGACUGUGGAGAAGGCAGAAGCACUGGUGAACAUACUCAUUAGUCUUUGGUUUCAUGUUACAACAGCUCUUUUUUAAAAUUUGGUUUUAAGUAUACAUGUGUGAACACUACCUAACUGUAUACUACCAUAGUGAGCCAUGAUUUUUUACAAAAUAAAUCCUUUUAGGGGUGUUCAAA